AUUACUCAAUCUUAUCCAUCUUAGAGCGAGGCGCAAAGGUAACAAUCAUCAACCGCCGAAGGGGAGAGUUACAUUAUCAAAAACAGUCUCAAGGGUGAAUUUGAGUAUCAACAACGACUUCAGAAACCUUUAAUUUCCUGCCUCCAUGUACGGACCAUCGUAGACACCAUUCCAGACUUCAGUUGCUUGUCUAUCAUUUCCUCAAGGACAAUCUUCCUCAAUUCUGCCAGAGGGAUCUGCCCGUGGAUACUAGGAAGCGUCUUCUGAAAAGCGCUUUGGCUGGGUUGGCUGAACUGCAUGAUAAUCAAGUCCUUCAUGGAGGUAAGAAGCUUUAAUAUGAUGUCUGUCGUAAUACUAUAUGUUCUGGCGCAAAGAAAGAUCAUUAACGCGACUUCGCAAACAUCAAAAAAAUCCUUAUCGCAGCCUGGAUGAUUCAUUUAUUCUUCUUCCAGGUCAAGGCAUAAUGGGUGGCAGAUGUGGAAACCAAUUUUGGCGCAGCCCUGAAUCCUGGGGCAAAGGAAGACGAGGCGUGCUGUCAGAUAUCUUUUCAAUGGGUAUAGUUGCCAUCUACAUCAUGAAUAAGCAAAUGAUAUUCUACGAUGGUUCAAAAGAUGAAGAUUUUGUCGACGGCGAGGCCUGUGACCAAUUCUUAAGGAGACAUAUCUCAUAUUUCUGGGACGAAAAUGACUUUACAGCACUUUGGAGUAUAUUGGAGGAUAAUCCGUUUCAUGAUCGCCUCAUCGAUAUUUUCAAUAACACCAAGAAUCCAAGGCCACCUUUUCGAAAUUGGAUAAAGAUAGAUGCAGAACUUAGAGAUUUAGUUGUGAAGAUGGCGAGGUUAGAUCCAACGAGUAGGAUUGGUGCAAGAGAGGCUUCGGAACAUCCGUUUUUUGAUGGGAUCGGUGGAUAGCUACGAAGCGGGAGUGUCACUAAAUCGUAUCAUGAGCACCAGGAGGAGGAACACUGAUUCAACUUGUCGAUCAUCAUCAUUACUCGAGUCUGAUGGCUGUUGGUUCCGCAAAUCCUUAUGAUUUUAAGGAUUGGUAUAGAAAGAUCAGGAAGCAUAGAGCGAGAUAUCUUGUACUUUACAUUCUUCACUCCACUAGGAAUUUAUCUCCUUUUCCGUUCGUACAGUAUUUC